UUGGGCCGAUGUAGGAAUGGAGGGCCGGGCUGAGGGCUUUGUUUACCUGCUUCCGACAUGGCCUCCCCCGCGGGCUUCCAGCUAUGCCUCCAACUGGGCCCGUCCACUCUCGGCGAUAUUUUGGAGGGGGUGACUCCUUAGUGAGGAAACCACUCCCAUUCCUAAAUCAAAGCGCCGGGCUCGUUCCCGACUCCGCUAUCGAAGAAAGACGUGGAGAGAGAAACGGCACGGGGCUCGGGCCCCCGCGGGCGGCUCCGGGGGACUCUGCCGGCCGGAGUAUCCCCCCGCUCUCCUCAGGGACUCGUUGGUUCGCGCCAGCGCCUUUUAAGGGCACCGUGGGGCGAAAGGAGCGCUCAGAGCUGCUCCGGCCGCGGCCCUGGGAGCUGGAGGAGCCGCGACUCAGCAGGCAUGACUGGAGAGGGAAGUCCCAAUGGUGCUAGAAUGGUGCUGCAGUGGCAGAAGACGGCUCACGAGUGAGGUCUGGAAGAACAACAGGGAAGACAUCCAUCAUUUGCUCCAAAGUGUGCAAGUCAAAUCCUGGGGAGAAUCAUGAUAACCCUGAUCACUGAGCAGCUACAGAAGCAGACUCUGGAUGAGCUGAAAUGCACACGCUUCAGCAUCAGUUUGCCUUUGCCAGAUCAUGCAGAUAUCUCCAACUGUGGGAACCCUUUCCAGCUUGUGUCUGAAGGUGCUUCCUGGAGGGGCCUGCCCCACUGUUCCUGUGCUGAGUUCCAGGACAGCCUCAACUUCAGCUACCAUCCCUCAGGCUUGAGCCUGCACCUCAGACCACCCAGUCGGGGAAGCUCCCCGCAGGAGCAGCCCCUCUCCCAAGUCCUAAGCCCUGAGCCCCCAGACCCAGAGAAGCUUCCUGUGCCCCCUGCUCCUCCAUCCAAGAGGCACUGCCGCUCACUCUCAGUGCCCGUGGACCUGUCUCGCUGGCAGCCGGUGUGGCGGCCCGCCCCCUCCAAGCUGUGGACUCCCAUCAAGCACCGGGGCAGUGGUGGAGGGGGUGGGCCGCAGGUGCCUCACCAGAGCCCCCCAAAGCGGGUCUCCAGCCUCAGGUUCCUCCAAGCUCCCAGUGCCUCUUCUCAAUGUGCCCCAGCCCACAGACCCUACAGCCCUCCAUUCUUCAGCCUGGCCCUGGCCCAAGAUUCCUCUCGACCCUGUGCUGCCUCCCCUCAAAGUGGCUCCUGGGAGAGUGAUGCUGAGUCCCUGUCACCUUGCCCACCUCAGCGCCGCUUCUCCCUGUCACCCAGCCUGGGCCCACAGGCAAGCCGCUUCUUGCCCUCUGCCCGGAGCUCCCCUGCAUCCUCCCCAGAGCUGCCCUGGCGACCUCGAGGUCUCCGCAGCCUUCCCCGAAGCCGUUCACAGCCUUGUGAUCUGGAUGCCCGCAAAACUGGGGUCAAGCGGCGCCAUGAGGAGGACUCCCGGCAUCUGCGGCCUUCCUUAGACUUUGACAAGAUGAAUCAGAAACCAUACUCAGGAGGUCUCUGUCUCCAAGAAACAGCCCGGGAAGGCAGCAGCAUCUCUCCACCGUGGUUCAUGGCCUGUAGCCCUCCACCCCUCUCUGCUUCCUGCAGCCCCGUUGGGGGUUCCUCCCAGGUGCUGAGUGAAAGCGAAGAGGAGGAGGAGGGGGCUGUGCGGUGGGGGCGGCAGGCGCUGAGCAAGCGGACACUGUGCCAGCAGGACUUUGGGGACCUGGACUUGAAUCUGAUUGAGGAGAACUAAAACUGGGAGGCUACUUCCUGGGGCCACACAGAAUGACUCUCUUAUGGCUACUAACAAGUGUCGAGGCCCCAAGGCUGGGGGCCCAGCCUGGGAAUGGGGGUGAGUGGAGGGCUCCGACUCAGGGCAGCCGGAAAUCAUCUCACUCCAGCAAGCUCGACCAUGCCGAGAGACUGGCCGGGACAAGAUAAAUGGAGCUGGUGGCGGGAGGGACAGCCCCAGAGCAGACCCUUACCAUGGCGGCCCUGAGUGUGAGUAUCCCUGCCAUGGAGAGAGCAAUGGGCAGGGAAGGAAGGGGUCUGCUGACCCCAGCUCGGGGAAUUUCACUAGCCCCUUUGCUUCAAAGGGCACUUGUGUCUUAGAAUUUGGCCAGGGUGGGGGGUUCAGUCAGCCUCCUCAGAGAAACUGUGUGAGAGUGUGUGUGUGCAUGGGAGUGUACUUGAGGAAAGGUGUGUUUGUGUAGCCUUAGGGAAGGAAGGCAAUUGCUCCUUAAUAGCAGAGCAUCAUGAUACCCCCAGGAUCUUGAGUUUUUACAGGACAGAAGGCUUGUUCAAGGAGUCAUGAGGGGGCACAAAGUUUUCCUUUUUUCUAAAUAGCUCUGGAACCAGGCUUAUAAUCCAUAGCAUCACUGGCUCUGCAAAGGAUUUUGUUUGGGGGUACAGCAAGGUCUUUUAAAUGCUGUGACCUCAGCUAAUGGUUAUUUCCUCAGCCCCACCCACUCCUUACUAGAUGUAUCUGGUGUUGCGUGGGGUGGGGGGGCUCUCGCCACAUUUAUUCUGAGCUGGCCUUUUUUUCUCAUCAGAUUGUCUAGGCUCUGUAACACCUGCCUCUUUCACUCUCUUUAGUAGAUGCAAGCACACCUGGGCAACUGAGGCAGAGUUGAAAGGUUCCAUGUCUUUCUUUUCUUUGCUACUGGGGGCACCCUUUUCCCCUCACUCUCUGUCCUUAAGGUCAGAGACAAGGUAGGAAGGGCUUGUACAGGUCCCUAGCAUCUAUUGAGGCACACCUGGAGCAGGAGAAGUGGCAUUCAGUCCCCAGCAGACAUGGGUGAGCUCACCCCAGCACUGCCCUUUGGAAGCAGACUGUAGGAAACCUUUUCUUACAAGAUCUAGGCCCUGCCUCUUUUCUGACCUGCUUAAGAAAGAGGAAGGGGUUUUAGCAUUUAAUAGUUUGCUUGUCUUCCAGUCCUGCCAGGAAAUGUUUAUUUGUGUCUAAUUGGCCCUGAGGGACCAUAGGGAGAUUGGGGCUCACUGAGGGAUUGUCUGAGGAUGUGUAAAGCAAGCCUGUGAGAAGCAGUUAGGAGUUUGUUGUUGUUGAAUUAAAUUUACUUUUUUGUUUCUCACUUACAACUUGAGCCAGGGCAGCAGUUCCCGGUAGCCACAGUGAUGGGUUUAAGUACCUUGAUAGGGCUGGCGCCAGUGGAAAUGCAUACUGAAGCUGCUGCCACAAUAGCUUGUGGGUCUUUGUCCAGCUUUGAACAAAUGACCAAAUUGGACCUGCCCUUGUUUAUUACAAGAAGGGCAUUUUUCUCUUCAAUUUCCAGGGUGUCUUAGGACCCAAUUCCUCAUGUUAGGGAAGCCCAUGUCUUCUUGUGAAAUUGAACCUGAUAUUUUCUAGGUCUCCCAUGUGUCAGAUAGGAGCAUCAGUGAGGCUUCAGCCUCCUUAUCUCCACUCCACAGGAGGUGGCCAUGUCUUCAUAAGCCUCUGGCCCACAGAGGCUCUUCCCUUCCAGGGCUCCUCCCCAUCUCCUGGCCAGUUACCACUGGUCUUCCAGGUCUCUGUGGGGCCUGAGAGGCUCUCUGGAGAAUCCGGGGAAACUGUGGGCCCAGGAGUUGCCCAUCCUUGGUUUCAUCCCUUCCCUGGCUUUCUCCCUCUUUAGGCCAUAAUUUCCCUGGUGCCAGCAUCUUUUCCUCUUGGGGCAUCCUCAUCCUGGUCUCUCUGCUGCAGAUUGGCUGUGCCAGCUUCCAAAAGGCUACUGGCAAUGCCAAUGGAGUCUCUGCAGGCUCUAAACUGAAGAAGUGAGGGCAGUAAUUCUGCCUCCGUCCUGGCUUCCCCAAAGCCCUAGGGCACCAUCCUUAGGGGAGAAAGUCUAUAGUUAUUAUUUUAAUUACAUUACUUUAAGUCUGGAAAGUUAAACUAUCAGAACUAUCAUCUUGCUUCCCAAUCUAAGAAUCCAUGGCCCUGGAACAAGCCUUUUCAAGAAGUGGUUCAUUUUGCUUUACACAGUAGAUCUGUUCCAACAUUUCUGUGUAAACCAAAUGCUAUUUUUUGAUGCAUUUGGACUGCUAACCAUUUAAAAGCAGCCUAUGAUUGCUUCUUUUGUAAAGCAGGCAACUUCCCUCUACUUUAGCUGUUUUGACUAUGUGGAUUUUCACAUAUUGGGCUUACCCAGAGUGGAGCACACCUCCAGGGCUUGUGGCUGAUGCUGGGUCGAUGUCUGCAUCUGUGCUGUGUGUGUGGUGUGGCUGGCCAGUAGGUGAGUAUUCCUGCGUGUGUGAGUGACGCCCACUCCCAGGCUGGUGCUCUCCUCCUGUGCCCGGUGACUGCCCACUGGCAGCCCCAGCUGCCCUUCACUCCCACCUGCUGCCAAAGUCCCUGUGCUAAUGGGAUUACAAGUACAAAAAGUGGAAAAAAAAUUUCGUAAACUUUGUUUUAUAUUAAAAAAAUCCAUAAGUCUGUGUGUGUUAAACAUGAGGUUCUGCCUCUGUGGCUGUGUUUGAAAAAAUAAAGUUUUAUUAGAAUAAUCCAUUUUCCCAAGCAA